GCCGGCUCGCAGGGAGCGCGCGGCGACGGCCACGCGCCUCCUCCGUCCCUGGGCAGGGAUCUGUGGCUCCUCCCACGCACUACAUUAGGUCGGCUCCGCCACACCCCCGCCCAGGUCCUGUCCCUGUCCCUGUCCCUGUCCCUGUCCCCGCCCCCGCCUCCGGGCCGCUCUCUCUUGCUCACUCCGCCCUGCUCCUCCUCCUCCAGGGGGAGCUGGAGAGCGGAAGGGGAGCGGGGCUGGUGGGGGGAAGUCGCCCGUUGCUGGGCAGCCCAGAGGCGGUCUGGAGCAAGUUGGCCGGGUUCGGCGUCCGCCGCAUCCUUGGGGGCCUGGCCGCUCGCGUGCGUGGGAGUCGCGCCGGAGCCUCUUCCGGGCCCGGGACUUAGUGCGGAAUUUCCUCAGGCCUGCGCCUUCGAAGCGCCGAGCGGAGAUAACUGGAGGCUGGACCAGGUGGGCGUCCCGGGGCGGGGCCCGCAACGGACUGGCCGACCGAGGUGCGUGAUGGGGCCCCCGUCCCCGCGCCGGUGCCGGCCUGCCUUGGUGUGGAACCCGGCCGGCCCCUUCCCUGGGCCUUUUCAUUGAUUCUCUGGGGCCUCAAGGACUGGGAGGCGGUGUGGGCAGGUGGCUGCCGCUCCCGGUGGUGGAACUGGAAUGGACAAACAGCAAUCUGGAAUUCAGAGUCUGAAACUGGAUGAUUCAGUUAUAGAAGGAGUAAGUGACCAAGUCCUUGUGGCUGUUGUGAUCAGUUUCACUUUCAUUGCGGCACUGGUAUAUAUACUUUUAAGAAAUGCAGAACAAAACAUUCACCCUGAUAACCAAGAGCUAGUGAGGGUGCUUCGGGAACAGCUUCAGACAGAUCAGCAGGAUGCACCUGCUGUUGUUCGGCAGCAGUUCUACACUGAUAUGUCCUGUCCAAUCUGUUUACAUCAGGCUUCUCUUCCUAUUGAAACAAACUGUGGACAUCUUUUUUGUGGUACCUGCAUUAUUGCAUACUGGCGAUAUGGUUCAUGGCUUGGGGCCAUUAGUUGUCCAAUCUGCAGACAAACGGUUACCUUACUUUUACCAGUAUUUGAUGAAGAUAAUCAGACUCAGGAUGUCUCAGAAUUGCAUCAAGAUAUUAAUGACUAUAAUCGAAGAUUCUCAGGACAACCCAGAUCAAUUGUGGAAAGAAUUAUGGAUCUGCCCACUUUACUGAGACAUGCAUUCAGGGAAAUGUUUUCAGUUGGGGGCCUUUUCUGGAUGUUCCGCAUCAGGAUAUUACUUUGUUUACUGGGAGCUUUUUUCUAUCUGAUAUCACCCUUGGAUUUUGUUCCUGAAGCCUUGUUUGGAAUUCUAGGAUUUCUAGAUGAUUUCUUUGUCAUCUUUUUAUUGCUUAUAUACAUCUCCAUCAUGUAUCGAGAAGUACUAACACAAAGGCUAAAUAGAUGAAAUAAAUGAAUGUUGCUUGAGCUUAUAUGGGAAACCAUUCAAGGGAACCAUAACAAAACACUUGACUAUCAUUUUGCAGGUUCAAAAACAUCUUAGGAAAUGUUGCUAACUGGAACUGUAUCAGAGUAUUGGAGGUUGUAAUACUGAAGCUAGAUUUAUAACUAUCUAAGCAAUGUUUAUUUGUUCAGUAACUAGCUAUAUAAAAUAAUAUCUUCUGAAAAAGUCACUAUGGGGGGAGGAUUAAGUGAAAAGGAAUAUUUUCAUAUCUUGACUUUGCCUAUCCCUCAAAACUAAACCAAUUGGCUAUGUAGAAAGUUAUUAUGAAAUAUGCAAUUUAUCCACUACCUUCCUAUAUGAAAUAUAAAUAUUAUAAUGGAUAAUUUUCUUGUUACAGUAAAAUGUUACAUAAAAUUUUAAAAGUCAGUAUCUUUUAGCAUUUACUAUGUUUUGUGCAUUUGCAACACAAUUUUGCUUUUCCAUUCCAGCAUAACUACUUUUAUCAGCUAAAGCUAAAAGAACUUUAACCUUGCACAGGAUUCAUUUAGUUCAUACAUUGGCUUACAUAAAAUAAUUUUUAAUAAAUUCCAAAUUUCAUAGCCUAGUCAAUGCCUUACAGAUAGUAAGUGCUCAAUAAAUGUUUGUUGAUUGACCAAAACAUAUACAUUUCUUCUUAACCAAAACACUUAAUUGUAAUACUUAAAUCAAUACCUUAAUCUUUUCAAAGGGAAAUCAUAUAACAAAAAGGUGAAUGAGAUAACUAAAUCAUGGUAGUUGGGUGAAUCGAAUGGAAAUAAAGCCAACUUUCAUGAACUGACUAUAAAACUUGUAGCUGAAUCAUAAACAACAUUACCAAAAGAGAACCUGCUGCUUCAUUCAGUUCAAGCCUGGCGUGCGUUAUGCAUUGGUGGCAUGACAAAAUGAGUAAGAAAAAUAUUUUUUUUUCCCUGGGAAUUGACAUGUGCUCUUAAGAUUCCUCAGCUGACUUAACCUGGAAUAGUUCUUUAAUGAGCUUUGUCACAAUAACAGUAUGAAGGGACAGCUAGUUCCUAAUGUAUCAGUGAUAAUAGAUAAUGAAAACUAUUAGCCUUAUUGGUGAACAUUAAUUGAGCCCCUACUGUGUGUAAGACUAUCCUUGGCAUCAAGAGGGAAACAGUCAGAAAGUCCUAUUUGUCAUUCAUUCAGGUACAGACAUCAACUCGGUACUGGCUCUAAAAUGUCCAUAAUGAUGGCCUUAUUUCAGCUUUUUUCUGUGCUGGGGGAUGAUAAGUAGCUAUUGAUGUCUACAGCAAAACAAAAGAGAUAUGAAAGGUGAUGUGUUAUGACCAUAGUGUAUUUAGGUAGGAAGGUUUUGGGGAUUUAUCAUUUGGAGCGAAAGAUCAGGAUAUAUCUCUGGAAGUGUUUUAAUACAGUCUUCAUUUCUAUGGGAUAAUUUUGGCGUGAGUCUCAAGCAGAAAAUGGACUAGGUACUUUUUCACUAUUGUUUAUAAAACCUUAAUUCAUCAUAAAAGGGAAGAACAGCAGCUAAAAGAUUUUUUGCUACACCUACAUUUACUAAACUGAGGGAUUCUGGAAUCCUUCAAGCCAAGAAUAAAUCUGACUUAGGGUACAAAAUUGAAUUAUCCUGUGAAAAAGUAAAUUUUCAGUAUGUAUGCUUUACCUACACUACCCACUAUUAUAAUUCUGAUAAACAUUGGUUUUAUUUUAAUAUUCUGGGUAAAGGUAUUUUUAUCACAAUUUGUAGCAUUUUAAGAAUAGUAAUGUUUGAAAUCACAUCAAGUUAAAAAAGGACAUUUUAAAAUUUAUGGACCUUCUUAUGUUCAUUGUGUUCAAUUCUGGCGAUGGAUGUAAAGAGAUGUUAAAUUUAAUGUAUUUAAACCUCCAACAAGUUAAGUACUUCACUUUUUAAUCAGUGUUUGAAAUCAGCUGUAACUCCCAUGAUUCAAGAUAAAAAUCACACAAAUCAAAGUGACCACACAGAGUGCCCCCAGGAGUACAUAAUAAAUUGAUCAGUUAUCUGGGGAGUCCAGACAAGUUGCCCAAACUCUGCCCAUUGGUCAGAUAUAACAACCACCACAAUUUCUGGCUUUUCAGUGGUGAAUCUUUAUUACUGCAACAAGGAAACAAAAGUGACUUGAAUCACUUAUUAUUAUGUGGAUAUCUACCUCACAGUUGUUGUUAUGGAGAAAUAAUACUUGAGUUUAAGCUUUGGAUUUACAUGUGCAAGUAAUUUGCUCUUUGAAAUAAAAGCAGCAUAUCUCAAAUGUUUGUUUUGCUAUUACUUCUACAAUGUAUGUGCUCAGAAAUUUUUAAGACAGACAUGGAAUGGUACCAUGAAAUGGUAUUCAGUGUCAUUAUUGUUCCUGCUUCAUUUAUUACUAAUGUGUGUUAAGCAUCUCAUUCCACUUAUAGUUUACUAUAUUUAUUAAUUUUUGCUAUAUGACAAAAAAUUUGAAAAAUGAGUGUGGUAUAUCUUACUAAUUGGUUCUACAUUCAUAAAUUUUUAUAUUUUAUUUGCUCCCCCUCUGAAAACUGCAGGCCUCCUGACUCUAAAUCAUGUGUGAAUAUUGAAGAAAAACAAGCCAACAUUCAUGCUUAGUCAUAGCUCCAAAUUGAAAUGUGCAAAAGCUUAAAUGCUUUUUCAUUCCUUUUAUGUAUUUGUAUUUAUCAUAUUUAUUGCAAUUAAUAAAACAAAUUAGCAGACUGGUUAAGUACA